AUGGUCCAAGCCGAAUCCUCCACCAGUGCGUCGCGCAAUGGCCUCAAGGCCGUCACCGCCGGUGCUCCUCCCGACUACGAACUCCCCUGGGUCGAAAAGUACCGCCCCGUUUUCCUCGAUGAUGUCGUCGGAAACACAGAAACGAUCGAGCGUCUGAAGAUUAUCGCCAAAGAUGGCAACAUGCCGCAUGUGAUCAUCUCGGGCAUGCCGGGUAUUGGAAAAACAACUUCUAUCUUGUGCCUCGCCAGACAGCUGUUGGGAGAUGCAUACAAGGAUGCAGUUCUAGAAUUGAAUGCCAGUGAUGAAAGAGGUAUCGAUGUCGUGCGAAACCGCAUCAAGGGCUUCGCUCAGAAGAAAGUGACCCUCCCACCUGGACGUCAUAAGAUUAUCAUCCUCGAUGAAGCCGACAGUAUGACCCCCGGUGCGCAGCAGGCGCUGAGACGCACCAUGGAAAUCUAUUCAUCCACCACGCGAUUUGCAUUCGCCUGCAAUCAAUCCAACAAGAUCAUCGAACCUCUCCAGUCCCGAUGUGCGAUCCUUCGCUACGCACGGUUAACCGACGGACAAGUCGUCAAGCGUCUGAAGCAGGUUUGCGACGCCGAAAAAGUGGAACACACCGAAGAUGGGCUCGCGGCUUUGGUCUUCAGCGCAGAGGGUGAUAUGCGUCAGGCGAUCAACAAUCUGCAGAGCACCUGGUCCGGAUUUGGCUUCGUCAGUGGUGACAAUGUCUUCCGUGUUGUGGACAGCCCGCAUCCCGUCAAGGUGCAGGCGAUGAUUAAGGCUUGCUGGGAAGGCAAGGUGGAUGCUGCUCUGGAGACACUGAAUGAGCUGUGGACUCUUGGCUACUCCUCGCACGACAUCAUCAGUACCAUGUUCCGCGUUACAAAGACUAUCCCAACGCUGUCGGAACACUCGAAACUCGAAUUCAUCCGGGAAAUCGGCUUCACGCACAUGCGGAUUCUGGACGGGGUACAGUCUCUGCUCCAAUUGAGUGGGUGCGUAUCAAAGCUUUGCAAGAUCAACAUGAAGCCCCAGCUCUUUGAGCCGCCUCGAGCCUAG